UAUGACUGCAAAGAUGGAGCCUACCUUCUACGAGGAUGCCCUGAACGCCGCCUUCGCGCCGCCCGAGAGCGGUGGCUACGGAUACAACAACCCCAAGGCGCUGAAGCAGAGCAUGACCCUGAACCUGGCCGACCCCGCCAGCGCCCUGAAGCCGCACCUGAGGAACAAGAGCGCCGACCUGCUCACCUCGCCCGACGUGGGGCUGCUCAAGCUGGCCUCGCCCGAGCUGGAGCGCCUCAUCAUCCAGUCCAGCAACGGGCUCAUCACCACCACGCCGACCCCCACCCAGUUCCUCUGCCCCAAAAACGUGACGGACGAGCAGGAGGGCUUCGCCGAGGGCUUCGUGCGGGCGCUGGCCGAGCUGCACAACCAGAACACGGUGCCCAGCGUCACCUCGGCCGCCCAACCUGGCGGCGGCGGCAUGGCACCUGUCUCCUCCAUGGCCGGCAACAGCGGGUUCAAUGCCAGUUUGCACAGCGAGCCGCCGGUGUACGCCAACCUCAGCAACUUCAACCCCAACGCCCUCACCUCGGCCCCCGGCUACACGCCGGGCAGCAUGGGCUACCCGCCGCCACCACCGCCGCCACCACAGCAUCACAUGAACCCCCAGAUGCCGGUGCAGCAUCCCAGGCUCCAGGCGUUGAAAGAAGAGCCUCAGACUGUCCCUGAAAUGCCGGGGGAGACUCCUCCGCUGUCCCCCAUUGACAUGGAGUCUCAGGAGAGGAUCAAGGCUGAAAGGAAGCGCAUGAGAAAUCGAAUCGCCGCCUCCAAGUGCCGGAAAAGGAAGCUGGAAAGGAUUGCCAGAUUGGAAGAAAAAGUGAAAACUUUGAAAGCCCAGAACUCAGAACUGGCAUCCACUGCCAACAUGCUCAGAGAACAGGUUGCACAGCUUAAGCAGAAGGUCAUGAACCAUGUCAACAGUGGGUGCCAGCUCAUGCUCACACAACAGUUGCAAACGUUUUGAAGAGAUUGACUCGAGUCAGAACUAAUGA